ACUGAUUUAACGAAGGGAAGGAAGGUUGGCAUCGAGGCUAAAAUACUCGGGCUACGCGUAAAAUACGCGGGACCUGAAUGGUCGGACCUGACGACGUCCAUUAUAUGUAAGAUAAGUAAUCAGAAAGUAAAGGAUGAAAAUGAAGACCAGAAGUCUUACUGUUGUACUAAUCUUCUUCAAGUUCAUCGUUAACUCCGAUGAGCGGCUGGUGGUGACGGGUGCAGAUGAGCCUGUCUCUGCAUAUGCUGGAGAGGAUGUGACUCUCAGCUGCUCUGUGGACACCCAUGUUAAUGUGACAGAGCUUCAGGUGGAAUGGAAAAAGACAGACGAUGACAUCAUGGUGCUUCAGUACAUUGACGGAAUGAACAGACCAGAUUCUCAGGAUGAGAGAUACUCUGGAAGAGCUGAAUUCUUCACUGAGGAAAUUCCCAAAGGAAACUUCUCAAUUAAACUGAGGAAAGUCAGGUUGGAAGACAAAGGAGAGUUCAGGUGUGAAGUCCACUCAGAUACUGAUUCUGCCAAUACAACAGCCAGGAUAGCAGCAUUGGGUUAUUCAUCCCUGCAUUGGCUGAUUCUGAUGCUGUGCAUCACUGUCACACCUGUAGUCCUACUUACUGGUGCUUUAUCUGUCUGGCAUUUUAUACAGGAAAAUAAAGGCAGACAGGCUCUGUUGAGUCACUGGUCACUUGUCACAGUUCCAUCAGUCAUGGUUUCCUCAGCAUUCAUCCUGUGGGGUGUAACUGAAGGUUUCACAGAAGAAGCUGUUACUUGUACUGUCCUCAGUCUGCUGAGUAUCCUGAUGUUGUUUAUUAUGGAUCCAAAACAAUCAUGUCCAGGAAUCUGUCUAGGGGGAGAUCAGAAAAUUAUGAGACACCAAACAGAAAAGCACAGGAUGAGCAAAUCCUCAAUGUGCACAAAGUUACAAACACAAAGUAAGAGGGAAGCACAGGGUCUGUUAUGGAGAAUUAGACCUCUUCUUUGGACAAUAAUAAGCACCACCAUCAUCAUUGUUCUAUUCACAG